CUGUAUGCGCCCGGCUGCCGGCAGCUGCCUGAUAUCAGCGGCGUGCUGCCUGAGCAGCUGCAGAGGUCUAAAGGAGCGAUGCAUGGCGCAAUGCACGGGCACACAGCUCAGCUGACGUCCGACAGUGGCAGAAAGAUCCCGCCCUCAUCAGGCGCGGCAGCCAAUGGCCGAUACAGGCGCAUGUCUGCUGGACCGGGGGAUCGUGUCAGGGGAAGCUAAUCGAUCACGGACAGAUCUCAGUCACCGCUGGUGAAUCUAUCUGCAGUGGUGGCCAGUCCGCUCGCUUAUUGCCAGUAACAUAUAACAACAUGCACAGUGCUGUCCUCCCUAGUGUGCCUGCUAUUUCCUUAUGCUAAUAUCUCGGGCUGGGAAUGAUGUGUGACGUUACCAAUGUAGCAUUGCAAUAUGAUAAUAAAUGGUACAUAUGGGGGGAGUGCAGCAUCUACUCAUGGAGCGUUUGGGAAUGAUAAAUGCAUAUGGAUAAAUGCAUAGGUUCGUUCGUUAACUGUGCAACUUGAGUCUUGAGGACUGUACAUCAAUGGGAUGAUUUCUGCGGAGACGGAGGCGGGUGUAAUGUAUAAUGAUCGCCGCCUGGGGGCCUUCUACGGAACUGCAGCCAGUGUGAGCAGUAGAACACCUGCAUUAGAUGCUCAGUGCCAGCGGUGUCCUUGGAUGAAGCCCGGUCCGCAGUACAUGGGAGCAGUGUCUAGUAGUUGCGUCAGUCCCUUAGCAUGCCCCGGCUGGGAUGCGCGUUACAUAGCCCUGCAUCCCCCUGCUGCUGCUCUCAACAUUACCUAUAAUACCACAGCAUUUACAUCUCUGCUGGCGCUGUCACUGCAGCAGUAAUGGGAUCCCAUGUACUGCAGAUACUCCGGCAGGGUGUCUGGGCUGCACUGACAGGAGGAUGGUACCACGAUCCCGAGGAUAGCCGAUUUAAUAACAUCUGUCACUUAUAUCUGUGGAUUUUCCUGCUCUUGUUACCUCUAGCUAUGCAUUUGGGCUUGCCUCCUACAACAUUCACAUUAUGCCUUUACUGUAUAUCGACAACAGUGCUGUUUGCAGCGAUCAAGUUUGUAAGUUUCCGACUACAUCUUAUGUUUGAUAAAGGAAUUGUGAUCCAUCAUAAACAAGCAAAAUCAAAGCAAAUGAAGAAUGCCAACAGCAUCAACGUCACAAAUGGGCACACAGUUUCUUGUAACAAUUCAAAAGAUGCUGGUGUAGAGUCACAUAUGAAAGAUAUCUCUCAAUGCCAUCAAGACAGCAAUAGCAAUAUCUCUUCAGAUUCACUGGUAAUGCAGACACAGGCUUUGGACCACUGUGAAGAAAUCAAAGCAUCAGGAAGGCUAAGGGAGGGAGAAUUCCAGCAGCAGGUGGAAAGGUCCUCCCCAACAUAUGAGGUGGAGCUUCCGGGGCCUAGUGCCAGCCCACAAGACAAUAGUAGAACAGAAGAUGUGCUUGAACAUGUCACGUGUUGUCCACAUCCAGCAGAAACACAGAAGUCAUUGCUGGAAAAUGAACAUUUCAACAUUACUGACCAAAAAAUCCAAGACUCAGCGCAGCAGUUGUUAUAUUGCCAAGUCACCAGAAAGCAGAAGAUCAUCUAUGAAGUAACACAUGGACAUCCUUCACAGCAAGAUAGUUCUGUGUUACAAGUUUUAUGUGGGACUGAGACCUCCAUGGAGGAUGAUACACUGGUUGAAGCAAUGCAUGGUCAUACACACAGCAACGGAAAUACUAGGUCCUGUUCCUUGAACUGUGGCGAUCACUGUGAAAUGAAUUGCGAACAUAGGAAGCCCAGCUGUGCCUCCUUAGCACAAGAAACAGAAUUCAACUCAGAAACGGAAACAAUGUCAGAAAAUCAGGGACUCUUUUCUGAUGACCCUGAAGAAGAAUCAUUCCAAAAACAAGUCUCAUUAAUGGUUGCAAAAAUAAGUCAAUGCGAGACACCAGAACCAUUGAGUCGUGCUACUGAAAAUUUGUCACACAUUUCAUCAGAGAAGAGUUUUGCAAAAAAGCAAUUUUAUAAAUUUCGCAUCUUUCCUGGCAAAUGGGUUAAAAUUUGGUGUGACAGACUGACGUUGUUGGCACUGCUAGAUAAAACCGAGAACAUUGUAGAGGAUUUCCUAACCGUACUGCUUGCCAUCUGUGUUUCCUUUUUUGGAUUUUUGGUUCUGCACCAAGAUCUCUUUAAAGAUAUUUGGAUUUUUCAUUUUUGUGUUGUUAUCGCUAGCUGUCAGUUUUGUCUUCUUAAGAGUGUGCAACCAGAUCCUGCGUCACCAGUUCAUGGACACAACCAAAUAAUUAAAUACAGUAGACCCAUUUAUUUUUGUAUAUUAUGUGGUCUUAUUUUGUUACUGGAUAGUGGUUCUAAAGUUGCAACAUUGCAAUUGCCUACGUUGUAUGGAUUUCAUUUAUUUUCUCCACAAUGUUUCCAGACCUUAAGAGAUCAAAUUAUUGUGUUUGUAAGUUGUUUUCCCAUCAUCUCUCUUUUGGGUCUUUUUCCUCAAAUCAACACGUUUUGUAUAUAUUUCCUGGAGCAGAUUGACAUCCUUGCUUUUGGUGGUACAGCAACAGUUGGACUUGUGUCAGCACUUUACAGUUUACUUCGGAGCACUCUUGCAGUUGCCAUUUUAUACAUCUUCUGCAAUAACUCCAUAAAGGAGCCCUGGGAUAUUAGACAUAUACCAUCUCUUUUUUCUACGUUCUGUGGCCUUUUGGUUGCACUUUCUUAUCACUUAAGUCGACAAAGUAGCGACCCUUCUAUUAUAAUAUCUUUGAUUAAAAAACUGUUUCCUGGAUUUCUUCAAGACAGUUUGACAAUAUGUUGCACACAGCAAGAGGACACAUUACUAGAAAAGAUGAAAACCUCAGUGAAAGAAGUUCUUAUUUCAGAUCUUGUUACCUGCAUAAUAAUUGCAUUUCUAUCAUUUGCAGUCAGUGCCAGCACGGUGUUUCUGUCACUAAGACCAUUUCUCAGCAUUGUGUUACUUGGUCUAGCAUUAACUGUUGGGUUCCUGGCACACUAUAUAAUACCACAACUUCGGAAACAUCAUCCCUGGCUAUGGAUUUCACAGCCAGUUCUUCAAAAUAAAGAAUACAAACAGAGAGAAAUCUUUGAUGCAGCCCAGUUAAUGUGGUUUGAAAAGUUUUACGUAUGGCUUAUCUGCUUUGAGAAAUAUGUAUUGUAUCCAUCAAUCAUUUUAAAUGCUGUGACAAUUGAGGCAUUUUCAAUCAGCAAAUACAAAAGGUUUGGAAAACAAUUGGAUGCUUUCUUAAUAGCAGUUGCUGGAAUGAAGCUAUUGCGAUCCUGUUUUUGCAGUCCCUUCAACCAAUAUGUCACACUAGGAUUUACGGCUCUAUUUUUUCAAUUUGAUUAUGGUGCUAUUUCUGAGAGCUUUUUGAUAGAUUUUUACAUUAUGUCUAUUAUGUUUUAUAAGAUAUGGGACCUACUUUACAAGAUGAAAUAUGUAUUAACCUAUAUUGCACCAUGGCAAAUCGCUUGGGGAUCAUCAUUCCAUGUAUUUGCUCAGUUUUUUGCUAUACCACACUCUGCUUUGCUUUUAAUCCAAACAGUUGCAACUUCAAUAUUUUCUAGUCCUCUGAGUCCAUAUCUUGGCAGUGUCAUAUUUAUUCCAUCAUAUGUAAGACCAGUGAAAUUUUGGGAAGAGAACAAUAGCACCAACAGACUUGACAAAAUGAAUAGAAGACUUCAAAGUCAGAUUGAGAAUAAUUCAGGAAAUGAUGACAACUUAAACUCAGUUUUUUAUGAGCACCUAGCAAGAUCUCUUCAGCACUCAUUGUGUGGAGACUUGAUAUUAGGACGAUGGGGAAAUUAUGCUUCCGGUGACUGUUUCAUUUUAGCAUCAGAUUAUUUAAAUGCAUUUGUCCAUUUGGUAGAAACUGGAAAUGGUCUUGUUACUUUCCAGCUACGAGGACUUGAAUUUAAAGGAACGUAUUGUCAUCAAAGAGAAGUGGAAGCAAUAACUGAAGGUGAUGAGGACAAUGAAGGAUGCUGCUGCUUUCAAACUGGCCAUUUGCCACAUAUCCUGUCAUGUAAUUCGGCUUUUAACCUGAGAUGGCUGACAUGGGAAGUAGCAAGAGCCCAAUAUAUACUUGAAGGAUAUAGCGUCAUUUAUAGUAAUGCUGAAAGCCUUUUGCAGGUAUUUGAUCUGCGGAAAAUUCUCAUCAAAUAUUAUGUGAAGAGCAUAAUAUACUUUACAGCAAGAUCCCCAAAGCUACUGGACUGGCUGAAAGAUAAAGCAAUACAGAAAGCUCUACAACCAUACACAAAGUGGAAUCAUGUUGAAAAUGAUCUGGCAAUGUUUAACAUAAAUUUUGACGAAGAUUACAUUCCAUGCUUGCAAGGUAUUACAAGAGCCAGCUUCUGCAGUGUUUAUCUGGACUGGAUUCAAUUCUGUAUUAAAAAAGAAGCAAAGAAAGUGAAUGUUGAUGAAGACUCUUCUCUGGUAACCCUUUCCUUCGGACUGUGUAUUUUGGGUAGAAAACUGCUUGCAACAACACCUCAUGAAAUGUCUUUAAGUUUGGAUUCAUUUCUCCAUGGACUUCAUACCCUAUUUAAGGGACAUUAUGAAAUAUCAAAAGAAGAAGAAUGGGUGUUUGCGGAUAUGGACUUGCUGCAUACAGUUGUUGCCCCAGCAAUUCGAAUGUCCUUGAAGCUCCAUCAAGGACAGUUUGCUUGUCCAGAAGAAUAUGAAGACCCUCCUGCACUUUAUGAAGCUAUUAAGGCAUUUGAAGAAAAAGUUGUAAUAUGCAAUGAGGAAGAUCCUGCCUGGAGGUCUGCUAUAUUGUCUAACAAAGAGGAACUGCUGACCUUGAGACAUGCUGUUGAUGAAGGGAGAGAUGAAUACAGUGUCAUUAUGCUUCACAAAAGUUACCUCAGUUUUAAAGUUAUCAAGGUCAACAAAGAAUGUGUUAGAGGACUAUGGUCUGGACAACAGCAGGAACUGAUUUUUCUUCGCAAUCGUGAUCAUGAGAGAGGCAGCAUUCAGAAUAAUAAGCAUGUUCUAAGAAAUCUAAUCAACUCCUCCUGUGAUCAGCCUCUGGGUUACCCAAUCUACGUUUCCCCUCUGACCACAUCUUAUCUGGGGACACAUGAACAGCUCAAAAAUGUUUUGAUGUUACCAAUUCAUUUUGACAUUAUUAGAUUGUGGUUUCAAACUAAAUGGCUGACGAUGAGGAAGGAAUAUGGCCGAAGCCACCAGGAUGGAUGCCGUAUAGAGGAAGGUGACUGUGGAGGAGGCUGCUCAUCACUUACCAGCCACUCGGAAAGCUACAGCAGUCAAAGCUUCAGGAACUCACCAAAUGUUUGUAAUAAAAACUCAGAUGCAAAAUCAUUGGAGAUUAAAAUACACCAAUCUAUAGGUAAAAGAAAACAAAAGAGCCAUUCAGCUCACACACAUUCCUCUUUACACCAGAUACCUCCUAUGACAAGUCUUUCUGGCCCAAACAUCGAAAAAAAUCUUUAUUGUGAUACACUAAGAGCUGAUUACACAGUUGCCAAAAGACUAUCUUCAAGCCAUCAAUGCUUAACAGAUUCAUCUGUCGCACCUUAUCCUCAUGCUGCUGUUGCAUCUGCUACUGGGCGUAGGAAUAUCCAUGAACAAACGAGAGGGCUUCAGCAGUCUAGCCAAACUUCAUCCACAAACUCCACUUUGAGUCUUUUGUUUGGGAAAAAAGGAUUUUCAAGUGCUCUGGUUUUGUCAGGGCUUUCAGCUGCCGAUGGAGAUAACACAGCAGAUACUUUGUCCUCCAGCAGUGUAAACCUAGUGAUGUGUCCCCAUUCUAGAGUGGAAAAGCAAAGUAAAGAGAAAGUCUAUGGAACCCAUGACACUGAUGAGCUUAGCGAUGCUGGGCAAGAACAUCCAGCUGAGGCUGCUGAGACAUCUUACUUGGAAUAGAGGAAGAGAUUGUCAAUAGCUAAAGAAACUUAAUUCCUGGGAUAUGAACAUUAGCAUGGAACAAACUUUCUUCUGUAAAUUAAUAAAAGCUCCAAACAUC